AUGUACUCGAGACUUGCGUCUAAGGAGUCGCGCGACGAAGGUAGAACUCUAGACGGAGGCAGGUUUAUGGAGGCUUCCAACAUGAGUAUACAGGAAAUACUAGAAGGCCACCCAGCACCGCUUCUCUCCGUAGAAUCUAGAAUGAAGCCCGAGAUGGUGAUGGAAUUCGCGCAGCGCCUGCGUACUACGCCCCAAACAUCCACAGACGUGGGUUUUAAGUACGUGGCCGCUUCCAUUGCUGGCCAGUCAGACAUACGGAGACAACAGCUGUCACAAGGACACAUAGGCGACGUUAGCAGACAAGCCAGACUUGCGGCCACCUGCUUUGACGUUGAUAACCUAGGUUCAGUGUUGGUGUGCAGAAACAGCUCCCAAGUUUGCAUAGGGACAGACCCUGCACUAGUGGACACCAGGGGCAACGUGUUUCUGCGCGGAGUCAACGUGUUAUGCUCGAAGGCACAACAGGUACUGCUAGAUUCUCACAGGGCCGGUGUAACAGAGGCCCGGGGAAGGAACCUGGUAGAGGACCUGGUUCAAGGUUCUGAUGUUACCCUACUUUCUGUACCAACCUGUCAGUCGGAACUGGUUAAAGAUUGCGUGCAUACGACGUGGGGUGUAAAUACUCCGGCAGGGUACGUUGCACUUGUAGCACUGGAGGGCUUAACCAAGAGUUUAGUAAUGAACUGUCUUGCGUUGUCCAGCCCAGCAGCACUCUACCUUUACAGUCAAGCUAGGACUGAACAAGGAGCGUCCCCAGAAACUAUCACGCAAGAAUGCGUGUCUCUAGCCGAGCGGGCCGUGCACAUAGUGUGCAUUCAAGCCGGAGUCUCCAUAAGCAUGGAAGAGAGUAGAGCCCUUGCCUGGAUGCUCUCUUACGACCCUGGUGCACACAAGUGUCCGGUUACCCACAAGCACGGUGGUGCAGCUAGAAACUUACGUCCAUUCGUUACUCUGCUUAAUGUUCACUUUGGUAUGUUUCCUAGCUUAUCCCUGGAUGGUGGCUUCGAGGAAUAUGCCAGUAUCAAGACUAUGAGUGAACACUUGGCAUUUGGAGGUCACUUUGUCGACGCCUAG